AUGUUUUCCGUACUUUUCACUAACAGUAUCCAAAACAGAAGAUACCUAUACCUAAGAGGGAACUGCUCCUUGUACGAAGAUCUGCUUUUUCUCAGGUCACAAUCAGUUGAUUCCGGCUGGAAAACGGAUACAAGUGACUACGACAACAUAGCCAAUAUGCAAUUCACUUCUCAAAUGAAAUACAGCAGUCGUAGGCUAUCUAGCCCGGAGUCGCGUUCAUUACCUUCUUCCCAGUAUCAGCAGAGCGCUUCUUCAUCAUCCACUUCAGACACCGGUGAUAGCCAAACUCAUGACGAUCACGUUCUUGUGCCACGAUGUCCCAGCACAUGCAAAUGUCACAUCACUGGAUCGUUACUUCACAAGGCAAGUCCACCACCAGAAUCAAACCGGAUUAAGCUGCCUCCAGAUCUGGAAAUGAAAGACAAAGCACGCUUAGCAAUCAGAAACGUUCAAGGAUCAGUCGAACAACGAAAUGUUCCAAAAGCCGAAGAAAAACUGGAAAGCACACAGCCACACUCAGGCACUAGGAGUACCGAUUCUUCUAAAGAAGAAAUUCAUGCUACAUCAAGGCCUCUACCACCCCCACCGAAAAAGUAUCCAGAGAUCAAGCAGAGCUCAAAGCGCACAAAAAGUAGCAUCGCCUUAGCCAACAUAGACAAGCCAGUAUCUUCGACGAGGAGGAAAGCGUUCAUGAGAAAAGGUGGAACAGAUAGUAGUAGUCGAGAUAAUAGCGCCAAAGAAUCCAAAGAAACUCCCAGUAAAGCAAAGGUGAUAAACUCAAAAGCAACAGGAAAGGCUGUCUCAUUCGUUGGUCCAGAUUCUUCAGCGGCUGGACAAAGCGGCAUUCAUGUCAGAAAGUAA